GGGUAAUUGUUUCUGACUUCUGCUACUCUUUAAUUCGGGUGUAGAGUGGUGAAGAGCAACUAAUACUCCAUUUCCUACUGUUUUUCCCCUUUUUUCUUUGCAUUCUUUUAUCUUGGGGGAAUCAAUUCAUUUCAGUUUAUUUCCAGUUCGGUGACUUUUCUUGCUUGAUGUACAGUUUGAUUUGCUAUGACUGGUGAUUCUAAAUCUAGUGGCUCCACUUUAGUGACACCUGUUCCUCACCGGCCCGGUAAUGGCGAGUCGACACAUUCACGGACGGUGUCUGCGGUGUCCCAUAACUAUUCCUUAUUGGACAUUUAUGACUCCCCGUCUCCACCUCCACCACCACAAGGAUUUGGACACACCCAGAUUGACGAGAACACCGGUUCUGUUGAUAUAGACGAUAUCUUGGAACAGCCGGAUAUCACUGCAUCUACCAAUGAUAACACAGACUUGGAGAUCAAAACAGUUGACGACGAAUCAACGAAUGCAUCCAUUGCCGUUGAUCUCUCGUCAUCAACACAAACAUCCACCACAGCUUCAACCAAUGAUUCACAACAAUUCACCACUCCAAUAACUCUGUAUCCAAAUUCCGAAACCAUUCUCAAAUCAAAGUUUGAUCGGUAUGGAUUUAAAAAGGUUUCCUCUCAAGUUAACUAUUCAAAUGACGAAUAUAAUGAUUGGUUUGUAGGCUAUACGAAAUAUUCUUCAGUCAUUAAGAAAAAAUGGACUCUUUUACUCAAGAGCAACGGAUUAAAGUCAUCUACAUCACCACCAACCAGGUUCCCUCCUAAAUCCGACAAGGUGAAAAAACUUAUUAGAAAGGGGAUCCCGCCAGAAUGGAGAGGUAAUGCAUGGUUCUUUUAUGCUGGCGGUUAUGAGAGACUCAACAAACAUACAGGGGUAUAUGAACGCAUUGUGAAAGACACCACAGGGAUCCAUAACAAGGACACUGAGGUGAUUGAACGGGAUCUUAACCGGACAUUCCCAGAUAACAUUUAUUUUAACAAGCUGUUACAGGGGUCAAACACAACCAAUGAGGAUAUCUUGGAGGCAUCUACAAUUACAUCACUUCGAAGAGUCCUCACUGCAUUUGCUCAUUAUCAACCUCAAAUUGGAUAUUGUCAAUCACUUAAUUUCCUUGUUGGGUUAUUAUUGUUAUUCAUGUCGGAAGAACGAGCGUUUUGGAUGUUGGUGAUUUUAACUGAAAGGAUCAUCCCCAAGGUUCAUUCUGCAAACCUUGAAGGAGUUCAUAUCGACCAAGGAGUUCUUAUGUUGUGUAUAAAGGAGUACAUCCCACAUCUUUGGUCAAUAUUGGGGAAGAAUUUUGAAGGGGAACAACUUUCAGAAGAUAAGAUAUUGACAAGAUUACCACCUAUAACGUUAGUGACAUCUUCAUGGUUUAUGUCAGUGUUUAUUGGGUUACCAAUCGAAACAACUCUUCGCAUUUGGGACAUACUCUGGUACGAAGGGUCCAAAACAUUAUUUAGAGUGUCAUUAACUAUUAGUAAAAUGUGUUUGGAGAAUCCAGAAUUUCAAGUAUCAAGACAAAAUAGUAAUAGUGAAGUUGAACAAAUUGAAUUAUUUCAAUUUAUGCAAAAUUUCCCGAAAACCAUUUUAGAUCCAAAUAUUUUGGUUGAUCAUUGUUUUAAAAAGAUUGGAGGAUAUGGGUUUGGAUCACUUUCACAGGAUGAAAUCAAUCAAUGUAGAGAGUUUGUAUCGAAACAACGGGCCAAAUUGAACAACAAGAAGCAUACGGCACUUACGGCAGAGAUGAGUGACGACGAACGAAGAGCAUUGGAGACGGCUGGGGCCUUUGAUGGGGAUAUCCAUGAUGUUUAUGGAUUCCAUAGAUCGAUCAUGAGUGGCGUUGUAUGGAAUAAGAAUAUUAGCAACAUCAUGAAGAAAAAAUUCACUAAAAAGUCAAAAUAAAGAGAAUAUAUAAGCAGGCGGGACAUUAAAAUUUGGGAUUAUCCAUUAUAUAUAUAUAUAUAGUAGUUAGC